AUGGCGACUGCACACGAGAGCUCUUCUACCCGCUCCCUUUGUAGGGUCCCAAACAACGCGAAGUCAGUGUCUUCUACGCGGAAUCAUCCCUCUUCAAGACCUAGAUGCCAUUAUUUUGAAGCAUUAAUGCCCCUUCCAUCAGUUGAUCUAAAGCCAUUUCAGCUGCUCCUUCUUGCUUUCGCUCUGUUUGUGGCUCAACACAAACAGAAUGAGAGCAAGGAGCAGCUGAAAUGGCUGUAG